AUGGUUUUGACCUCUCUCAUGUUGACCUUUCUAUCUCUCGCUACGGCUACCACCACUGCCGACACAUUGGGUAGUAGUCUUCUGUUAAGAAGAGAUGACACUGUCGAAACAUUAUCCAAACUAUGGGAUUUCAAAGGCUGCGUAGAUGGAGAAAAGCAGGCGAUCAAGGAUGCAUUAACAGAAGCGAACAAAAUUUUGUUAAGUCCCGGAACAUCUGAUAUUGGGAGUCGCUGGGACGACUAUUCUGUUGUGGAAUUCUUCGGUCCUCCAGUCAUGCUCGUACAAUUCAGGGAGUUGAUUAAAACGAACUUUUGGAAUGCUCGUAAUUUUGUAGAUCAUUGGUGGAGUGGGAAUCAAGUCCAAAUAUUUUGUCAUACCAAACCAGAUGCGGCUUCCUGUUCCAACUAUCCUGGAUUUAUCAAAGUAGAGAGAGAUGGUGGAACAGAUGACAAGUUGGCAAUGAUCUUCUGCAGCAACUGGUUUGAGCUCGGAACCCUCGACGCAGUUUUUAGUGGCUCAUCUACAGGACCCAACAAAUAUGACCUUGCGAUGUAUCACAACAGGGCUUUGCACUGGGUGGGCGCAAUGAUGCAAAUGCCGACGAUCAAUUCCAGGAACGCCAAAAAUAUGCGCAACAACAUCUUGAAAUUUCCUACCGCAAAUCCAGAAAUGAAUUCCAGGGAGUACGUUGUCGGGGUUGAGAGGGUUAAAUAUCUUGGUAAAUUUUAUGACAACCAUUUACAAAGGAUAACCAUUCUUUCGAACAUCGAUACGUGGUCUUGGUAUGCAAUGGCCGCAUAUGUGCAGGAUAAGCUUGGAGAGUAUCCUCAUAGGCCUCAAGUACCAAGCUCUCUGCCUUCAAUGCAGACGGGCUAUGUAUCGCUUGGGAACCAGACCACAGACGUGGAUAUGCCUGAAGAUCCGGUUUUGGUGGCAUUGGAGGCUUCUUUAGGAGAGUAG